AUACUUAUAUAACACACCGUGAUACGUUAGGACCGUUAUGUGUUAUCUUUUUGGCUGUAAUGAUAUUGUCUCUUAUCACAGUCUGGCGGUGAUAAUGCUAUUUCGAACCGUCCAAGUGUUGUAAUAUUGUUGAUAUUUAUGUACAUAUAUUCUUGUAGUUACGUGUCUUGUUGAGACGCGCUACGAGACAGUGAGAGAUAUAGUUUGCUUCAACUUUGAUGAUAAUAUUUUUUCUCGCUAGCUUGUGAUUGCAGCAUUCUCCGCAAUCGACAAAUAUCCACAGUCAAUUUGACACGACCCUCAAAGUAAUAUCGGCUUUCCAUAUUUAUGCGAUGUUAAUAACAAAUUUUCAGCAAAUAAAAUCAUUCGAAGAGACAAAGUGCGAGUUUCUCCCAGUUGCACGGUUCCCCCUCUUGUUUUCUUGAUUAUAACUGCGUGUACUUGGACGAUGGCUUCGUAAUUCAUUGCUAGUCCCAAGUACGAAAGUGCACUCUUCGGUUUCUCUCUCGAACGGUGUCAUACGAGAUGGCGGAAAAAAGAGCGUGUUCCGGGCCAGGUUACAGGAGCCCGAAGGCGGCGAUGGUCGAGGGACCGCGAGAGAAACUUUUGUACGUCGUUGGUAUACACACGAACCCUGAGAAGGCCGAUAUCCUCUGCACGGUGGAUGUGGAUCCCGAUAGUCCGACUUACUGUCAGAUAAUACACAAACUGAGAAUGCUAACGGCUGGUGACGAGUUACAUCAUUCUGGCUGGAACAUUUGUAGCAGCUGUCACGGAUCGUCCCGUAAACGCGAUACGCUGGUGUUGCCAUGUCUUAUGUCGGAUCGAGUGUAUCUGGUUGAUACCAGUAAUGAGAAAAUGCCUAGAAUCAAGAAGGUUCUGGAACCGGAAGAGAUGCACAAACACGGGAUAUCUACACCGCAUACUUCCCACUGUCUGCCAAAUGGCGAGAUAAUCGUCUCCACCAUGGGAAAUCUCAAUGGUGAUGGAUUGGGUGAAUUUUUCUGCAUCGACGCAGAGACUCUACGAACGAAAGGCACAUGGACCAAGAGCCACGAGAAAGCAGCUUUCGGAUAUGAUUUUUGGUACCAACCGUAUCACGAUACGCUUAUCGCUACAGAAUGGGGUGCACCUAGAGUUUUUAAGAAGGGAUACAUUCCAAAGGAUAUUCAUGACCCCAAAAUCUAUGGCAGAAGUUUGAACGUUUACUCGUGGAACGAACGUAAACUGAAACAGACAAUUAAUCUGGGAGAUGAUGGAAUCGCACCCCUUGAAAUAAGAUUCCUUCAUGAUCCAUUGGCAGCUGAAGGAUUCGUCGGUUGCGCAGUAACGUCGAAUAUUUAUCGAUUUUAUAAAGCGGAAGACAAUUCGUGGGAGGUCGAAAAGGUGAUACAGAUACCACCGAAAAGAGUCGAGGGAUGGAUCAUGCCUCUGAUGUCAGGUAUGAUCACUGAUAUUCUGCUGAGUCUGGACGACAAGUACCUGUAUCUGUCUAAUUGGUUACAUGGCGAUGUUAGACAAUAUGACAUUUCUGAUACGAGAAAUCCGAAAUUAACGGGUCAAGUCUUCUUGGGAGGCUCGAUACUGAGCGAUUCGCAGGUACGUGUGAUGCUAGACAAAGAAAUAAGCAAUCAGCCCGACCCCGUCUACGUGAAGGGACGUAGAUUAUAUGGUGCACCGCAAAUGUUACAACUAAGUUUGGACGGACGUCGUUUAUACAUAACUACGUCGAUCUUUAAACCAUGGGACAAACAGUUUUAUCCCGAGCUCUUCAAAUAUGGAUCGACAAUGGUAAAACUUGAUAUCGACGUAGAGAAGGGCGGAAUGAAGCUCGAUCGACAAUUUCUUGUUGAUUUCGGUGCUGAUAAAAGCGAUAUUUUACUAGCACACGAGAUGAGAUAUCCUGGUGGAGAUUGUACCUCUGAUAUAUGGCUGGCAGAGAAACCCUAACUAUAAUGACUUUAAUUGGAGUAAGGUCAAAGACAUUCCAAAACAUCUGUGAAAGCAAUAGUAAUGCAGUAGCUUAUUUUAUAGCAUCACACACAUGAUUUUUUUCCUAAUAAAAUCUCUCGGAUCUUUCUCAUCUCUAGCUAGAAAAUUAUUCAGAAAUGUUCUUUCAAUAAAGAUAAGAAAUAUGGGUGAAGGGGGUAAAUUAAUAAAAAGAGUAUUCUCGUUUGUUUCCAUGGUAUGGUGCUUAUUAAUUCCAGCAUAUUGCAUCAAGUAAUAUAGUAGAGAUUUGAUAUUGUAUGAAAAAUUAAUGGUGUUAUACAUAUGGUAGGUAAUAAGUUUUUUUCUCCGAGUUUACACAAAUAAAAUCCGUCUAUGCCAAAAUUGUAAUUGUUCGUUGUGUAAAAUUUGUCGAAAUGUUAGAAAUAAUUCGAAGGUGUAUAAGCCACGUAUAAAAUUUCAUUGCGCUUCCAUAAA